AGCUUUCUUGAAUAAAUUUGGUGAAUUGACAUUUUAUUUAUUUAUUUUCCAAAAUUAUUUUCGCUUUUGCAAAUCAAAACAUAAUUCAAGAAAGAAACCCCUGUUCAGAAACCCUAAAGUCAAGCGAUUUCUCAUUCGCACUCCGAUUCAAUCACCAUGUUGCAAAACGAAAUCGCCAUGGAUGCAAUCAAGCACGCUUUGAAGGCUCUUCGGAAGCGGCAUUUGCUCGAAGAGGCCGCUCAUUCUCCUGCUUUCAUCGCUCUUUCUAAGCCUCUUGCUGCUCAGGGCUCAGAAUGGAAAGAGAAGGCAGAAAAUCUUGAAGUGGAACUUCAGCAAUGUUACAAAGCUCAAUCUCGAUUAUCUGCGCAGCUUGUGGUGGAGGUGGCUGAGUCCAGAGCUUCAAAAGCUUUAGUUCAAGAGAAAGAAACCUUAAUUUCUAAUCUGCAAGAUGAGCUUACAAAAGCAAGGGAUGAAUGCACUCAUUUGUCAGCGCUUUUAGAAGAAAAGACUAAAGCUUUAGAAUUGGUAAUAAGUGAGAACCAGGAGAUAAAAGCUCAACUUGAGGAGAUGAUUGUGAGAGCAACAACAGCUGAGGCUGAAAAUAAGACGUUAAUUGACCGUUGGAUGUUACAAAAAAUGCAGGAUGCUGAACGUCUGAAUGAGGUUAAUGCACUUUAUGAAGAUAUGCUUGAUCAGCUCAAGGCAAGUGGUAUAGAACAACUUGCAAGGCAGCAAGUUGAUGGUGUGGUCCGCCGAAGUGAAGGUGCUGAAUUCUAUGUGGAGUCUACUAUUCCCACUGCAUGCAAGCACAAGAUGCCAGCACAUGAAGGUGGUUGUGCUGCUAUAUUUUUUGAAUACAAUUCUGGAAAAUUGGUUAGUGGAGGACAGGACAGAACUAUCAAAAUGUGGGAUACAAACACUGGGUCACUGAGUCGCAGUCUUUAUGGUUGCCUAGGUUCUGUUCUUGAUCUUGCCGUUACCCAUGAUAACAAAUCCAUAAUUGCUGCAAGCAGUUCAAACAAUUUAUAUGUGUGGGAUGUAAAUUCUGGUCGGAUGAAUCAUACUCUGACAGGCCACACAGAUAAAGUUUGUGCUGUAGAUGUGAGCAAAGUUUCAAGCCGCCACGUAGUAAGUGCAGCUUAUGAUCGUACUAUAAAAGUUUGGGAUCUGCAUAAAGGUUACUGUGUCAACACUAUAAUUUUCCAUAGCAAUUGCAAUGCCCUUUGUUUCAGCAUGGAUGGGCAGACCAUUUGUUCAGGUCACAUUGAUGGGAAUCUUCGGUUGUGGGAUAUUCAGACAGGGAAGCUCCUCAGUGAAGUUGCUGCACAUUCACUUGCUAUUACUUCAAUCUCUCCUUCUCGAAAUGGAAAUGUAAUAUUAACUAGUGGGAGAGACAACUUGCAUAAUUUGUUUGAUAUACGGUCUUUAGAAGUUUGUGGCACAUUAAGAGCAAGUGGAAACAGAGUGGCAUCGAAUUGGAGCCGAUCAUGCAUUAGUCCAGACGACAAUUAUGUUGCUGCUGGAUCUGCUGAUGGAUCUGUCUACAUUUGGUCAGUAUCAAAAGGCAAUAUAGUGAGCACUCUGAAGGAACACACCGCUUCUGUUCUAUGUUGUUCGUGGAGUGGUCUUGGAAAACCUCUUGCCUCUGCUGACAAGAAUGGAAUUAUUUGUACGUGGACAUGAUUGGUGCCUUUUUGCUGUAAAUACAAUGCUUUCUUCUCCAUUGUAGUGUUGCUUAACCUCAAAAAUAUUUCUCCAACAACGACGUUCUUGCUCUGCUCAUAGAAGAAAGAAGCAAUUCCUUAUUGGUUUGAGGGCAUUUAUGAUAAAUCACUCUUAAAUUGAAACUUAAGACAAGGAGGGUAUACUUUUUCUGUAGGCAAAAGAGGUGUAAUAUGUGGAAGUUGAGAUCAUGGGAGGCAUUAUCAGUUGUAAGCUUGUAAGUUAUGAUAGUUUUUAUUAGUAAAGUGCUUCAAUUUUUAUUUUUUUCCCAGUAUUAGUGAGAACUUGUUUGGUUCUUUGGGAAGUGGAAAUAUAUUUAUUGUUCAGUAUUUGUUGUUUGAAUGA